AUGUGGAGAGACGAAGCAAACACCUUGUCAACUUUGAACCCCAGACCUGAUGUCGUGACGAUCGCAACAUUGGGAGAAGAUGGACCUUCCACACAAAUUGUAAUGCUGCGAGAUAUUAGCGAUACCGGAUUCAAAUUUUAUGUUACAACACCAGUCACCAAAAAUCUCAUCACCGUUCACGGAAUUACUGAAAAAAUCCCUGUGAACGAAACAAAAGAAUUAUUCAAGUUGGAAACGCCCACCUCAAAAAUACGGCUUAUCCUUCAGUCCCAGAAAAAUGAUAAGAAACAAAAUUUGUCGGAACGCCUCCAACCUUUACUUGACAUGUAUAACCAAAAUCCGAAACAAUUUCAUAAACAAGAAAUGCCAUCAGAAUGGAGUGGGUACAUCAUAAAGCCAAAAACCUUGGAGUUUUUUCAAGGGACAAAGGCAACGUUAGGCCAGCGGAUAAAAUUCUCCAAAAAAUCUGACGUCAAAAAUAAUUCUACCAAUUUGUUAUCGGACGGUGCUUGUGGGGGAGAAAAAGGGUGGAUUUUUCAAGUGAUGGAACCAUAA